AACCCUUCGCUGUUCAACUUCAGCUCAGCUGCUGAAAUGAACGAAUUUUCACCCAACCCUUGAACCUCUCCCUUCUCCUCUUCCUCUUCCUCGUUCAUCAUUUUGAGCUACUUUUGAUUUGUAUCUUUUGCUAUCUGCUGAAAAUGAAACUUUUUGGAAGUGCACUGUGGCGUUCAAACGCCACUUUGUCCCGUCAAUUUCAAAGCCCUCAUGUAAUCCGGGCUUUUUCGACAAGCCCGUUUUCAGGUACUGAUGAUGGGCAGAACAUGAAUUCAUCUGAGUCCAUUGAUGAUUUUGAGCAGCGUAUUUUUAGUGAUGGGAAUCGUCCUAGUUUGAGUUCCUUCUACCAAAAGCUUGACAGAGCUGAGAAGGCACAUGAUCGAUCUGGGACGGGAUUUUCGUUUACCAUGGGAAACAGAUCUGAUUUGAUGGAUGGUUUAGAUGAGAAUUACAAUACUUUAGCUGAUGGAAUGGAUUAUAAAUUAAAGAAAGCUGCCACCUACUUUGAGUUUGAUCCUGAUGAAGUAGCUAAAGAAGAUUAUGCUUUCAGGCCAGAUGUUAAUUUCUUGAGUGGGAUGAAUUAUGAUACCAAGGAUCUUGACCUGAGAAAGCCUGGAGUACAUAAGCCUGUCAGAAGGAACGAGUUUGAAACAACAACAGAGGAAGUAUUACUGAAAGCCGAUUUCAGGAAUGUGAGAUUUCUCGCAAACUUCAUCACUGAGGCUGGCAUCAUCAUCAAGAGGAGCAAGACUGGAAUCAGCGCCAAGGCCCAGAGGAAGGUUGCUCGUGAGAUCAAGACUGCCCGAGCAUUUGGGUUAAUGCCUUUCACCACAAUGGGGACCAAACAAUUUAUUUACGGAACAACAAUGGAAGAUGAGGAUCGUGAUUUUGAAUACCAGACCUAUGAUCAUAGUUUUGUUAAUGACGCCAGAGGCCAUACCACGGAAAUCUAAACCCUUGCCCUGCUUGCUUUUGUUGAAUCCAUGUUCAAAGAACGCAUUUCCCCCAACGGCCAUGACUUGAGGUAGAAAAGGUUCGGUAUAUUAGUUUACAGUAUGUUGCUCCUGGGGAUCCCAGUGUGAAGCUUGUAUUAGAAAUUUCUCUGGGAUUGUAAGACUCAGUUUUGAUGGGCUGCCUGGUUAAACUAACAUUUUAUUUUGUUCCGAUUAUUGUUGUAAUUUUCCAGUUUAUUUUUUGCAAAUAAAACCAAACUGCAACAUGAUUAAGUGAGAGUGUGAAGAGUUGAAUAUGGCAAGGCAGGCAAUUUUGGCCAUGUACAUAAGAAUAUUCUUUGUCCCUAAUUCCUCUUGUUCCUUGAGAACUUGAAUCA